CUUUCUUUUCUCCUGCUGGUUAUAUUCAGUGGACCAAUUAUUCAACUGGCUACUUGCAGUAAAAUAUCAGAACACUUAAAAUAAAUGCUGGGGCUUAGGCUGCUACAAUGAGUGAAGACUCUUCUGAAAACACCGAAGGAACUCUAGAUGUAUGUGAAGCAGGAGAAGAAGAAGGAAAACUGGCUCAAAUGACUCCACCCCGAAUUCCCAGCUCUCAUAUACAUGCCAAAAAGGGUCUUCCUGUGAUUGUGGAUGAAGGAAGAUUUCUGGAUAAACCACCUCUGUCAUACAUAGCUUUGAUUGCAAAGGCGAUACUUUCUUCUCCCACAAAUAAACUGAAUUUAGCUGCUAUCUACAAAUAUAUUGAAGAUAAUUUUCCUUUUUACAGGAACAAAGGUCGAGGUUGGAGGAACAGUGUAAGGCACAACCUUUCGCUAAAUGACUGUUUCAUCAAGGUGGGAAGAUGUGAGGAUGGCAAGGGAAACUACUGGAGUAUUCACCCAUCAAACAUAAAUGACUUUGUUCAAGGGGACUUCAGGCAACAUCGAAGGUCACGAAAGCGUGGACACCAAAAGGAGGUAGAGCACUGCCCUGCUGUGAAUGAUUUCACACUAUGGGGACACUAUCCUUCCUGCCCAGCACCAAAUUUGCUUUACGAAACACAUUAUUUUCUGGAUCCGCUGUGGAAACUUCUGUAUGCUGACAGACUGCAGUUUGUGCAUGAAUACCAAAAAUGGAAUGUAAACAGUCACUUAAUCAUGGGGAAGUUUUCACCUCAAUUACAGACUGAUAAACCCCACGGCACUUUUGGGGACUGGUUCUAUGGAUCUCCUCCCACUUCAGUUACACAGCAGAAUAUUUUCCUAAAUAUUCAGCCAGGUUUACCUAACUCCCUUUCAUUCUUUUCUCAAAAACAGCACCAAAGUGAAGCAUUCAGACACAUCUGUAAGUACUAGAAAGUAUUUGAAGUGCUUGAAUAUCUUCACAGGCAGCUCGGGACUCUGUCAAGAUAUAAUAUAUAUGUUGCACAAUUUUUAGCUUUUGUGUAUGUAUAAAGACAGUAGAAAAGCUUGCUUUCUGCCGCUGACUAUCAGGCCACUGAUUAUCCAUGAUUAUUACCUAAGUGUAUUGGCUUUGAAAUCAUAAAAACGAAUUUUUAAUAAUUCUGCUAGUCAAUGGCCAGGCAUAGAUUACUUCAGUAUAAAA